AUGGCUAAUGAAGGGAACAAAAGCAAUGAUUUUUAUGCGGUUUUGGGAUUGAAUAAAGAAUGCACUGAUUCAGAGCUAAGGAAUGCUUAUAAGAAACUUGCAAUGAAAUGGCACCCAGAUCGUUGUUCAGCUUCAGGAAAUGUGAAGUUUGUGGAAGAAGCUAAGAAGAAAUUUCAGGCGAUUCAAGAGGCCUAUUCUGUUUUAUCUGACUCGAAUAAGAGGUUGAUGUACGAUGUUGGAGUUUACGACAAUGAUGAUGAUGAAAAUGGUAUGGGAGAUUUUUUGAAUGAAAUGGUUACAAUGAUGAGCCAAACUAAUUCAAAUGAAAAUGGAGAGGAAAGCUUUGAGGAGUUGCAGCAGUUGUUUAGUGAUAUGUUUCAAGCAGAUAUUGGAUUAGAUGGAAGCAAUUCUAUGAAAGCUUCCACUUCAUCUACUUUCAUGACUUAUAAUGAAAGUUCGAAUUCUAAUAAACGCAAUUCCAACCAGAUGAAUUAUGGAAUGGCAGGCAAUUCCAACCAGAUGAAUUAUGGAAUGGCGGGGGAUUCGUCUAUCUUCGAUGCUAAUUAUCAGAACUUCUGUUUUGGGGUGAAACGCCGUCAAAGAGAUGUGGCGGAGAAGGAAAAAGGGGGAAUUCGAGAAGGCGGAGGUAGCAAUAGACAAAGAAAAGACAGAAAACAAAACAUCUCAUAUGGUCAUGAUGUUUCAUCUAAUGACAAUCAUGGAAUUUCUGCAAACUAG